GCCGCCAAAGGUGGGCGACAGUUUCCACCACACUUCCAGUUUGGUGUAGCAACCUCGUCGUACCAGAUCGAGGGUGCAUGGCGAGAGGAUGGUAAGGGAGAGUCGAUCUGGGAUCGGUUGACACACGAGAAACCGCACAAGAUUGCCGAUCGCUCGGAUGGAGACGUUGCCUGCGAUAGCUAUCAUCAGUGGCAACGAGACGUGGAGAUGGUCCGUGAGCUAGGGGUGGACUUCUACCGCUUCUCGAUCGCCUGGACCCGCAUCAUGCCGACCGGAAUGAGCAAUAGUAUCAACCGCAAGGGUGUCGAGUACUACAACAACCUGAUCAAUGAGUUGCUCAAGUACAACAUCACCCCGAUGGUGACGCUGUACCAUUGGGAUCUGCCCCAGAGACUUCAGGAUAUGGGAGGUUGGACGAACCGGGAGCUUGUCGAGUAUUUCCGCGAGUACGCCCGUGUUGCAUUCGAGGAGUUUGGUGAUCGGGUGAAGAUUUGGACGACGUUCAAUGAGCCGAAGCAACCGUGCAAGGAAUCGUACGAACUGGACGCGAUGGCCCCUGGAUACGAGUUCCCCGGUGUGUACAGCUACCUCUGUUCGCACCACGUACUGCUGGCGCACGCCGAAGCGGUUGCGGUUUAUCGAGCGCAAUUCAAGGACUCCCAAAAAGGGAUCAUCGGUAUGGUAGUGGAUUCGUCCUGGCACGAGCCGGAAACGGAGGAUGACCGGGAGGCAUCCGAACGGGCAAUGCAGUACAUACUUGGCCUCUAUAUGCACCCGAUUUACCUCGGCAAUUACCCACCCGGUCUAAUCGAUCGUAUUGGAAACCUUAGCGCACAGCAGGGUUUCCACAAAUCCCGCUUGCCCGUGUUCACGCCGGAGGAGAUCGAGAAGGUGAAGGGAUCGUCCGAUUACUUUGGCUAUAACGCAUACACCACACGGUUGGUCCGCCAGAACGGUGCCGACAAUCCAGCCAAAUACGCCGAGCCAUCGUUCGAACACGAUCGGGACGUGAUCGAGAGCGUGGAUCCUAGCUGGCCUUCAGCUGCGUCACCCUGGUUGAAGAUCUAUCCACGAGGUAUCUACGAAACGCUCCGCUGGAUUCGGGACGAGUACGGCAAUCCACCCGUGUGGAUCACGGAAAACGGAGUUAGCGAUCGUGACGGUACGCGUGAUUUGCAGCGCGUGCAAUACUUCAACUCGUAUCUGGAUGCGGUACUCGACGCCAUCGACGAUGGGUGCGAUAUACGUGGUUACACCGCGUGGUCACUGAUGGACAACUUUGAAUGGCGCGCGGGAUAUUCGGAGCGCUUCGGACUGUACUACGUGGACUUUAAUGAUCCGGCGAGACCACGGCACGCGAAAACGUCGGCGAAAGUAUACGCCAACAUCGUGAGGACACGCUCGAUCGAUCCGGACUAUCUGCCCGAACCGGAUGUGCUGAUUCCGGCUCGAGGCUAG